ACAAUAGAGAUAUUAACAACCAAGGAAAUGAUCAACACUCCCCCUCAAACUGGUUUGAAGAUAUCAUUCAUUGCCAACUUGCCAAUCAAAUUGUUUAAUUGCCACUUUAGGAGGUCUUUAGUUAACACAUUUGCAAUUUGUUCUGUUAUUGGAAGGUAGAGAAUGCAUAUUACUCCUACAUCAAUCUUCUCUUUUAUGAAGUAUUUAUCAACUUCAAUAUGUUUUUUCCUAUCAAGAAGGAUCAGAUUGUGGACGAUGGAAAUUGUUGUCUUAUUAUCACCGUAAAUGUGCAUGGACAUUGUUUGAAAGAAUUUCAAUUCUUUCAAUAGUCUUCUUAUCCAUAUACCCUUACAAAUACCAUAGGCUAAUGCCUAAAUUUUGGUUCAACACUACUUCUUGCGACCACACUUAUAUUUUAUUUUGUCUAGUAACUAGAUUCCCUCCAACAAAUGAGCAGUAACGAGAAGUGGAUCUUCUAUCAGUGAUGCUACUUGCCCAAUCAGCUUCAGUGUACACUUUAAGAUUUAGGUGGUCAUACUUUUUAAAAAGUAUGACUUUUCCUGGAGUAUUUUUUAAAUAUUUUAGGAUCCUAUAAGUUGCUUGAAAGUGAGUAGGAUCAGGAGCAUGCAUGAACUGACUUACUAUACUUUGGAUUUCUGAGGACUUACAAGAGAUUCAUGGGAGAAUUGUAUUGGGUCAGGAUGCAGGGAAAUGCACCGUUUCCAACAUAACAAAACCUUGACCACAUCUUCGAUGUGUCUGUUAGAGUUGUUGCCAAUACUUGACUCAAUUUGAUAGACGUUAGCGUGGAUUUUAUCGAGGGACUUUUGAAAUCGAAUGUGGUUGGUAGUCUGAAGUACCAUACUUUAUUCCCCUAAUUCACCCAUUUAUCACCAAAGGCGUGGUAAUGCCUUUAUCAAAGAGGUCGUCCAACUUCACAGAUUUCAAGAUUCCAUAGUCUCUUACCAUGAUCGCAUUUUUGUCAGCCAUUUUUGGUAGAGCUUUUCUAUUCCCAAGGCACAUAGCUCCACCAAAGCACGAUCUAUCACCCUCAAACCAACGACCACAUGUAAGUGGUUAAUAGGUUUUAAGACCUAUUUACAGUGCUUCUACAAUGAAAAACCCAAGGGAUGGGUUGAAUGGUUGUAUGGGCAAAAUUUUGGUAUAACACUACAUACCAUGUCUCUAUUGGUAUCACUCCUUUUCACGCCUUCUAUGGUCGCUGCCUCCAUCGUGAUGUUCUACGUGUCUCAAAAGAUUGCCAAUGCUUCCUUAGAUUGGCAUUUAGCCUAAGGCAACUCUGCCCUGUUUAGUCUAAAGAGCACUUGAUACAACUAGAAAUCACAUGAAAGUUUUAAUCUUAAACAUAUUAAGAUGGAAUUUGCUAAGGGUGGUUGGGUGUAUUUGAAGUUAAGGUCAUGUCGUCAACAUCUGAUUGCCAAAAGUCGAAACGAAAAACCCUCCCAUAAGUACUUUGGCCUUUAUUGCAUUAUGUCUUGAGGUGGGCAAUCAUCUACAUGUUGAAACUACCAUCAAUGGCUUCAAUACACCUCAUGUUCCAUGUUUACCAAUCGAAGAAAAUUGUGGCACAUCCUAGACAGUCCAACAUAUGCCCCAUAUGUUGAAUGAUGAGGUCAAAUGGAUUACAUAACCUAAAGAGGUCUAUGGAUAUUAGAAGAAUCUUGACUAAGAUAAGAUUGAGGUGUUGGUUGAAUGGAGGAAUUACCCACUCAUGAAGUCACUUGGAAUCUUGUGCCAUUAUACAACAAUUUCCUACUUUUUACCUUGAGGAUAAGGUGGCAUUGUACCUAAGCAUAAUGUUAGGCCUCCUAGUUCACACGUAUGCUAGAAGGGGCAGAAAUGUAAUUGCAACCUUGGUCAAGUUACUGUGGCUUUGUUUUUUGUGCUUAGUUCUCUUGGUUUAUAUUUGUUUUUUGCCUUGUCCAUUAGAUAGAAAGAACUUGUUUACAAGAGUCCCAAUCUUCUCGAAAGGUAAGGGUAACUUGUAGGACACUUUUUUGAAAGAAAUACAUUGAAAGAAAGUAAGCUAACACACAGAACUUUCCAAAAAAGCUCCAUCUAAGGCCAUCAAUCCUUAAAAAAGACAUGAGGACGACAGGCAAUGGUACAUCUCUUCCCACUAAUACUUGAGGAGCAUUUUCUUCAUGUCUAUAAUGGAUAAAAGGUAAUCUUUCCUUCUAUAAGCGAUUCACACGACAAGUCUUCAAAGUCUAUAGGUCAUCAGAACACAUCUGGUGUCAUUGUCAAUGUCAUAUACCUUUUGGACAACACACGCUACAAAAAUUAGCAUGGACAGGCUAGGACACGCUGGAAGAGUAGUUUACUUGGAAGCCAACCGAAUAGGCUUUAAUUUUAAUUCUACAAAGUAGCCUUUUCAAUCCUACCUUCAUGCAGAUGCUCUUAGGGAUCUGUGCACACAAUUAAUUAUGUCCAUUACUUUAUUAGCAUCAACUCUGUUAUGCUCUUUCUUGGUUGUGAUGCAGCUUACUGAAUAUUAUUAUGCGCUACCAAAGUCACCUUCAAGGGAGAAAUGAAAGUCCAAUUCACAAUGCCCUUCAAGGGACAAGUGAAAGUCUAAUUGAUAAUGAUGCAAAAAAGGUGAAUGAGGAUUUACAAUAUCUAGUGAAGGACCAUGAAUCUGAUGAGACAUUCUUGGUUUCACUCGGAAAGCUCCUAAAAACUAUUCACAGUCAGGUUGAAGAACCAAAUUUCAAGAAGCUUGAUGUAAGUCAGAUGAUGCAAUUGGAGAAUCAACUUGAAGGCACACUUGACAAAAUCAAAUCUCAAAGAAUUGAAGCAAUGCUAGAAAGUGACGGUUGGACAUACAAUAUGGAUAUGGCUAUGGGCGUGCUCAACAGCCCACCAUUUAAUUAGUGAAAUACCACAAACAACACUAUGGUUGUUGUUGUCCCAAAUAAAAUAAAUAGAAGCUGCAGAACUGUAUGAAUUCCUAACAUCCUGCUAACCUGCAUAAGCAAAUAUGCUUAAUACAUUGAAGAAGUUGAAGAAAUUGACACAAAAGAAUGAGAGAUUAUCUCUAUGAAAGAAAGAAACUUUUAUUAAAAAUGUACAAAGAUGGACACUUUUGAAAGAAUACUUUUUCACUCUCUCAAGACACACUUACUCACUUUUCACUCUAAGUUUCUCUCUAAGUCUCUCGCUUUUCUUUUCCUCUCUUUGCUUGCUUAGUUGAUUUACAAAUGAGACACACUCACUCAUUUGUAUAGAUGUGAGAUCCUUGGAAUCGUAGAUAUUUCUGUGAGAUCCUUGGAAUCGUAGAUAUUUCUUAGA